CUUCCCAUCAGCCUUUGGUGUGGGUCGUGUGCAAAAAGCUCUGGGUGCGGAGCUGUGCAAGUGGCGUCUUUCUGUCUGGAUUCUUUCUCACUGAGACUUGAUCAUUCUCCCAGGAGUUUAAGUGUGAGUGAGUAAGGAAAGAGCCAGUGGGCUUCAGACGGGUCUCCGAGGAGCAAGGUUCUUGGGUGAGAAAUAUGAGUGCUCGAGUAAGAUCAAGAUCUAGAGGAAAGAGAGAUGGAAAAAAGCCUUCUAAGCUGGAUGAACCUGGGGUUGCUAAGCAACCGGGUAAAAAAACAGUGCAAAAAGAGGAACCACCAACUGAGGAUCUGGAUAUUGAGCCUGGACAAGAGAGAGAAGAAGGAGCAUGUGGGGUUCAAGAACUUGAAUUGAAAGCUGAAAGCCAGGAAAAGGGUCUGGAAAAGACUGGGGGUGAGCUUGGAGAUGGCCCUGAUGUGAAAGGGAAGACUCCACCUAACGUAACACUUGCUAAAAUUCAAGAAGCAGGUGAUGGACAGUCAUAAAUUACAAAGACGAGAAGCUGAAGCCACACAUACAGUUUGUUAUAUUGAUAAUUUGGCUUAAAUUCUCUCAAUAAAGAUUUAAAAGUU